AUGAAGCAUCACCCAGCUACUCACCGACUUCACCCAGCUACACACCAACUUCACACUAACUUCACACAGCUACACACUAACUUCUCCCAGCUACACACUAUCUUCACCUAUCUACACACCAACUUCACCCAGCUACACACCAACUUCACCCAGCUACACACUAACUUCACCUAUCUACACACCAACUUCACCCAGCUACACACCAACUUCACCCAGCUACACACCAACUUCACCCAGCUACACACCAACUUCACCCAGCUACAAGCCAACUUCACCCAGCUACACACCAACUUCACCCAGCUACAAGCCAACUUUACCCAGCUACACACCAACUUCACCCAGCUACACACCAACUUCACCCAGCUACACACCAACUUCACCCAGCUACACACCAACUUCACCCAGCUACAAGCCAACUUCACCCAGCUACACACCAACUUCACCUAUCUACACACCAACUUCACCCAGCUACAAGCCAACUUCACCCAGCUACACACUAACUUCACCUAUCUACACACCAACUUCUCCCAGCUACACACCAAGUGCACCUAUCUACACACCAACUUCACACAGCUACACGCCAACUGCACCUAUCUACACACCAACUUCACCUAUCUACACGUAAACUUCAUCCAGCUAGUCACCGACUUCACCUAUCUACACACCAACUUCAUCCAGCUACACACCAACUUCACCUAUCUACAUGCCAACUUCACCCUGCUACACACCAACUUCACCUAUCUACACGCCAACUUCAUCCAGCUAGUCACCGACUUCACCUAUCUACACACCAACUUCAUCCAGCUACACACUAACUUCACCUAUCUACACGCCAGCUUCAUCCAGCUAGUCACCGACUUCACCCAGCUACACACCAACUUCACCCAGCUACACACCAACUUCACCUAUCUACACACCAAAUUCACCCAGUUACACACAACUUCACCUAUCUAUACACCAACUUCACCCAGCUACACGCCAACUUCACCCAGCUACACACCAACUUCACCUAUCUACAAGCCAACUUCACCUAUCUACACACCAACUUCACCUAUCUACAUGCCAACUUCAUCCAGCUACACGCCAACUUCACCCAGCUACACACCAACUUCUCCCAGCUACACACCAACUUCACCUUUCUACACACCAACUUCACCUAUCUACACACCAACUUCACCUAUCUACAAGCCAACUUCACCUAUCUACAUGCCAACUUCAUCCAGCUACACACCAACUUCACCUAUCUACACGCCAACUUCAUCCAGCUACACGCCAACUUCACCCAGCUACACACCAACUUCAACCAGCUACACACCAUCUUCACCCAGCUACACACCAACUUCAACCAGCUACACACCAACUUCUCCCAGCUACACACCAACUUCACCCAGCUACACGCCAACUUCAAACAGCUACACACCAACUUCUCCCAGCUACACACCAACUUCACCCAGCUACACACCAACUUCACCCAGCUACACGCCAACUUCACCCAGCUAGUCACCAACUACUCUCAGGUACUCACAUCUACUCCCAGCUAUAAACCGACUUGACCCAGCUACUCACUGACUGAGCUACCCACCGACUUCACCCACUACUCCCAGGUACUCACCGACUUCACCAAGGUACUCACCAACUACUCCCAGCACCGACUUCACACAGCUACUCAGCAAGACCACAGAAGCACUCACAAUCUCCCCAUGUUUCUCACUGACAUCACUUAACCACCCCACCCACAUCUUACUGACAUCCACCCACCCCUAACAAACACUCAUGACCCCCUCACAGAUGCUUACUGACUCACCCACAUCUUACUGACGUCCACCCACCCCUAACUAACACUCAUCACCCCCUGACAGAUGCUUACUGACUCACCCACAUCUUACUGACGUCCACCCACAUCUUACUGACUCACCAACAUCUUACUGACUCACCCACAUUUUACUGACUCACACACAUCUUACUGAC